AUGCUGUCAAACCGGGUUGAUCGUGGGUCAGCGCUUGCAGCCACAACUGCUCGCGCCCUGGGUGCCGUACAUGGCCUCAGCGACCCCGAGGACAGCGACAGCAGCGACAGGAUGGCGUCUUUUGACAACGACGCUUUUUCAGUUGACGACGAUGCUGCCAGACCGAGUGAUGACAAAUCGCUCGGACAGGAAGCUACGGAGCUGCCCGCCCGAGCUAGACACACUGCAGUGGCCACGUCUCACACCAUGGACAUGACCACCACCUCUUACGAGGCCGUGUCCACUACAGCAAUUGUUGAUAAUGUUGUUGAUGUCUCACGUACCUGUGACGACCGGCUCGGCUGGCAAACACCCAUACUACCAGGCCGAGCCGGGUCUGACGCUCCAAUGCCCUGCGGCAAAGAGAUGUCUGCUGGUCCCUGCCCCCUACAUGAUGACUGUACACCCGGCAGGGUGGGAAGCAUGCUGCCCGUGGGUGCUGCACCUGAUCCAGUCACGACCGCUGCCGUCCCCAUGGGCGCGGACCAGGGUUCGACGUGGCAGGCGAUAGCCACACCCCGCCGUCUCCCCAUCUCGUGCUCCUCCUCGGCGGCAAGCGUCGCUGCUUACACGAAAGGGGACGGCGAGGACCCGCGCGAGCAAGCCGAGCAACCGCUGCUCGAGGACGUCGAGACUGGGCCCAAGAACUCAGCGCUUUGGCCAUCCGCGGCCGGCGCACUCCCGGCCUCCGUCCCGGCCGUGUAUGCACACAGCGGGCAGCUCUUCGCGUGCACGCUGUGUGCAUACACGGCACCAAGCUUAGUCUCGCUCAAGCGCCACCGGGACUCAAGGCACCGCCGCAUCGCCUUCCUUGACCGCUUCUCUGCAGGUUUUGCAUGCGUCACACUUUCGCGUCGAGGCUGGAUGCAGCUAAUAACGCGCAAGCGUGCGCCAGCCUCCACGACACUUCGGCUGCGACUACGCCAGCAGUAG